AUGGUUUCCGUCGCUACAUUUUUCUUUUUCGUCUACUUACUACUAUUUGUAGUGAUCGGGUUUUUCUCCUCAUUGUUCAUAAUUCCCUUACUAGGCAUAUCAUUUGUAUUUGCUAUCGGUGUGGUAUCGUUUGGCUUCUGCAGCAAUAUGAGUUUCAAAAUGGCGCAACUUGUAUACAUUCGAGCAGAUGCCUUCUUGAAAAAAGUACUAGAUAGAAUGGCUUCACAAACACAACCCACACAACCACAAGAGCCACAAGAACCACAAGAGCUACCAGCAACACUAAGGCCAGUAAGCAAUCCAACGAUUCCAAGCCCACUGAGACAAACAGCACGUCCCUCAAAGUUCGUCACUGAAGAAGAUGUCAUCUUUGAACCCGUUAGCGCUCAAAGCGCCAUUGCUCGUUCUUUAGAGACCACCGCUAAAAAAGCGGGUAACAGGUUCCAGCUGUCUUGA